AUCUGUCAAAUUUUUUUCUUUAAGUGAAAAAUUUACACGUAUCGAUGUAGUUAAGUGGAAAAAACAAAUAAAUUUUGUGUAAUUUUAAAACGAAUAAUUAAAUUUGUAUUAUCUUAUUAGCAACAAAGUGUAAAGCAGUAAAAUGUUUGCAAAUUUAAAAAACAAAUUAAUCGAAGAAGUUAAAGCUUCACCCUCAAAAUUUCAACAAUUUGCUACUGCAGCCCAGGCUGCCGUCUCUUCUUCUACAAGUACGCCCAGUGGUUCCGAAUCUACUACCACCACAAAUGCUACAAAUGAGAAUUUUUUCAGUAUUACCGAAGAAGAUACACCACAGAAUUCUCCCAAUAAACCUUUAAAAUUGCCAGCAGGUGCCCAACGUGGUCGCAAUUCCAUAACACCAAGUAUUAAUAAUGGAACCGGUGCUAUACCCAGAACUCGUAAAUUAUCAAAUUCUUCUAUGGCUAGUGAUGUAUCAUUUCGUCUACCAACCUGGGAUGCCGGUUCGGUUUAUCACCUUCAAUCCGAUUUGGAUGAAUCGGGCAGUGAAAUGGGCGAUACUGCUUCAACGGUUGCCAAAUUAGAUGUCAUCACUAAAGAACAACUAUUUGAUGCCUAUCGCAAGUCAUUGGAUCGUUAUCAUAAAUAUCGAUGUCGUUAUACGGAUUUGGCAAAAAAAUAUAAAGAUUUGGAACGUGAUAGCACUAAGGCAAGGUCCGUUUUGGUGGAAACCCAAGAAAAGGCCAUACGUCGCAUAAAUGAAUUACGUGAACAAUGCUCCCUGGAACAGCAAGCAAAAGCUCAUCUCGAAGAAGCAUUACGCAUUGAAAUGGACGAUAUGCAGUGCAAAAUGCAGGCCUAUCAAACGAAACUCAAAUUACUGGGCGAAAACCCCGAUAAUAUAGCAACAGCAUUGGCUGGCGGUAAAACUGAACAAUUAAUCGAUUUAACUACGGAAUCCACUAAAACCUCGGAAACUUCUUUAAUCACACUCAAUGACAAUGACAACGUUAAUAGUAACGAUGAGGAGACAAAAAUAAAAAUGGAAAAUUACGAAAAGCUUUUGCAGGAACGUGAUCAACAAAUUAUUGAACUAAACAAUAAAUUGGAUUUAUUGCGUAAGCAAGAAGAGGAGAAUGUUAUACUCUUGGCUCAAACCAAGGCCGCUAUACAUUCAGAAUUGGAAAAUAAAGAAAGUGAGGUUAAAAAGUUAAGUGAAACUGUUAAACAAUUGCAAGUGGAAUUGCAACAAGUUAAUAAGAAGGAAAAACAAACUGGGGUAGCUGUGGAAGAGUUGAAUGAAAUGAGGGAAAAAUUGAAACAAACUCAAAUGGCUAAACAAGAACUGGAUGCCAAAAUCAUUGCCACCGACCAUAUGCUGCAGGAAAUGCGCGAGAAACACAAUGAAAAGGAGAAAACUGCACGAGCCCUUGAGGAACAGCUGACAAAACAAACUAAAGAAAGUGAAAACAAACUACAGGAACUCAAGCAGCAAAAUCAACAACUUAACGAAAUGGUAACACGUUACCAACAGAAUGAAAUUUCUCUUGCCGAGGUCGAUAACGAAUUAAAUAGAACGAAAAAUGAAAACGAUAUACUUAAAGCCAGAUUAAACGAGAAUGAAAACAAACUACAAGAAACCGAAGUACUAUACAAUGAACGCCUGCAGGCUUUAGAGCAACUGCAGGAGCAGUUAAAGGCCAAAGAGGAUAUAAUUAAACAAACUUUGGAUAAAACCGAAGAAUUGCAACAACAAUUGCAACAGGAGAGGACACAAAUGGAGGAACAACAACAGAAAUCUCUACAAUUGGAAAACGAAUUGAAAAUUAUUAAAGAACAAACUACUAACAGCGAAUCUGAAACUAUAACCAAUUUAAAAACAGAACUUGAAAGGGUUACAAACGAAUUAAAUCAACAAAUCAAAACCGUCAAAGAACAGCUGAGUAGCAAAGAAAAAGAAUUGAAAUCUCUAACGAAAAAGGCAACGAAAACUGAAAAACAACAUGAAACCCAUUUGACACAAAUGCAACAGCAAAAUGAAGAUAUCGAAAAACUCAAAAGUGAACUAAUAGAACAGGAAAAUCUUAUAGAAGCCUUGAGAGAGGCCUCCCAACAAAGGGAACAGCAAACAAAUGAAGAAAAGCAAGAAUUAAAGACACAAAUUAAUGGUAUACUCAAUGAAAUCUCUCAAAUGGAAGAACAAAUGCGUAUAGUACAGGAAUCGCAUCAAGAAUUGGAAACUGAAAAACGUAAUUUGGAAAUGAAAAUUGAAAACAUGCAGCUGGCAACACAAACUACACAAGAAGAUGCCAAACGUUGGCAAGAGAUACUCAAUGAAACCGAGGAAAAGCUUAAGGCCUGUGAACUGAAAUUGCAGACCGUGGAAAGUGAACACACACAAAUGGCCGAAAAGAACUGUUUACUGGAAGAAAAUACUCAUAGACUAGAGAAACUGCUGGCUGAAAAGGAAAGACAACAGGCCGAAACAGAGGAGGCUUUGGUUAGCGAGCUGAGAUUAAAACUACAAACUACCGAGACAUCUUUGCAAAAACUUAAUGAAAAAAUGCAAGAGGUAUUAGAUGAAAACUCACGCUUACACAAUAACCAAGAGCUAAAUGAUCAUGAUCAAAGAACUUUACAAGACAGAUAUGAUGCUUUGGAAAAGGAAAAAGCCUGUUUGGAGGACGAUAAACAAUGUCUAGAGCAAGAAUUAAAGGCAAUGAAAAACAAACUAAUAGAACUGCAGCAAAGAAAUGAAGAAAUACAAACUGAACUUGAGCAACAAAGGGAAACUCAACAGGAAAUGCAAAAGGCAAUAGAAGACAAAGAAAAGUGUUUAAGUGAAGAAAGGCAAUUAAGAGAAACUUUGCAACAAGAACAACAAAAACUAAAAGAACAAUUGGAACUAUCUAAUACCAACCAAAAUAGUUUAACUGAAGUUAAUGAAAUGCUUAAAGAAAAACAACAAGCUUUACAGGAACUGCAAGAUCAAUUAAAGGAGGAAAAAUUGAAACAACAACAGCAAUUACAAGAAAAUGAAGGAAAACUUGAGGAACUUAAGGAAAGUUAUGAAAUACAAUUAAAAGAAAGUGCAGAGCAAAUGAAAUUACUAAAAGAGCAAUUAACUCAAGAGAGUGAAGAGAAAAAUCUACAGUUAGAAAAGCUUAAAGAGGAAGCUAUAUUAUUGAGAGAACAAAAAGAAUUGUUAGAACAAGAAUUAAGGGAAAAUAGUAAAAAACUAAAUGAUCUGCAAGAAAAACAACAGGAAACGGAUACAGCACAUAAGGAAAUACAAGAAUUGCAAAAACAAAAUCUAGAAUUACAAGAAAAAUUAAAAGACUUAGAAAAUGUAAAAGAAAAUGCCGAAAAACAACUCAAAAACCAAGAAGAACAACAACAGCAAAUGACACAACAACUAGAAGCUUGGCAACAACAACAAAAAGAAUUCACAGAAGCAAAAGAACGAGAAUUACAAGAGUUAAAACAGCUUAAGGAACAACUACUAAAAGAACAACAAGAAAAAGAAAAACUUUUGGAGCUGAUUAAAAACUCCCAAUUACAAUUAGAAGACUUACAAAAAAAACACUCAAACAAAAUGGAAGAAAUGGAAAAACUGCAAGAGCAACUCUUAAAACAAAACUCCGAAACAAAUGCCGUAGAACAGCUUAACAUAGAAAAUGAGUAUUUGAAUAAACAUGUCAAACAAUUGGAAGCCGAGCUAGCCAAACAGCAAGAAGAAGAUAAACAUAAAAAUAUGGAUUCUCAAGAGUUGAAAGAAAAACUAAAAUCCUUACAAUGUGAACUCUAUGUACUCCAAGAAAAUGCCGAAAAACACAACAAUGAAGUGGAGGAGCGAGAAAAACAUUUGCAAGAACUUAAAUCACAAAAUAAACUCUUGACUUUGGAAUUAGAAAAGGAAAAAUCUGAAUUACAGCGUCAACUGGAACACAUCAAAUAUAUCACUGAACAGGAUGAUACUGUACAAAAAGAUUUACUUUUGACACAAAACAAAUUAAAAGAUUUAGAAUCCAAACACUCUAGUCUGGCACAAGAGCACGAAGAACUUAAGCAACAAACUGCAGAACAAAAUCAAGAGCAUUUGAAACAUAUAGACAAUCAAAAGGAUCUGGAACGUAACACUUUAACUAUAGAUACUCUACAAACUGAAGUUAAAGAUUUAAAUAAAGAAUUGGAACACAAAGAAAAACUGGCAGAAGAACUGCAAGCCUUAAAGGUGGAAUUAGAAGAACGUAAUAGUGUGAAUACAACUCAAGCAAAUAAUCUAGAAUCUGCCAGCAGCAGCAAAUCAUCUCCUUCCUCACAGGACUCCGAACAUUUACGUAAAAUCAAUGAAACCCUACAGCGUGAGUUGGAAGAACUUAAGCAUACAUCGACUAGAGAAAUCUCAACACUACAACAAGAUAUGGAAGAUUUACAAUCGACCAAUAAACAAAUGGCUGAACGUAUCAUGGAUUUGGAACGUUUAAGAGCUGGUUUACAGGCUCAAAAACUAUUCGGUUUAGCUGAAAGUAAUCCACUGCAAAACAAUAACAAUCCCGUGACGAACAAGUCUUCGGCUGACGAUGAGGAAAAACGUGAAUUAGAAACUAAAUUGAAAACCAUAAUGGCUGAGGUGCAAGAUGUAUCAAAUCGUAAUUUGUUUUUAGAGCAAAAAUGUGAAAAUUACCUAAUAUUGGAACAAUCGAAUGAACGUUUAAAAUUACAGAACGCUAAACUGUCUAGGCAAUUGGAUGAAACGCUGGUAUCCAUGCAACACAAUGAAGGCAUUGCUGCUAAUACAGAAUUUGAGUACUUAAAGAAUAUCAUGUUCCAGUAUCUAACUGGUUCAGCAAAUGGCAACAAUGAAACCUUGGUUAAAGUUAUUUCAGCAGUUUUGAAAUUUUCACCCCAGCAAACUCAAGUGGCUCUGGAAAAAGAACAUCAAAGAAGGUCGUUGAUAAACAAAAUUCUAUAGCACGAAAAUGAAAAGAGUUACUACAUUUGGUAGCCUUAGUUUUUAAAUUAUAAUUUAAACCAUUAAUUAAUUAAUUUACUUAUAAUACUAAUAAACAUAAAUAUUAUAUAAAUAUAUAUUAUAUUAUUAACGUUUAACAAUUAAUGAUAAUAAGCAAUUAGUUAUAAU